AGGACGGGCCCCACAGCCGGGGGUAGCAUGGCCGGGCUGCGGGGGGCCGGCUUCUCCCAGGCGCCGGGCCGCCGCUUCCGGGUUCCUGAGCGUGGCGUCAGGGACAGCGGCGGGAGCGGCUCCUCCCCCGGGACGCGGUCGGCGGCGCGGCGGUGUCGCCGGCAGCGCCCUCUGGCGCCCUGGGGAGAGGUCCGCGAUCCCCAGAGUGCGCCGCCUUGCCCCCGGAAGGAGGCCUGGAGCUGGGAGCGAGCCCGCCUGCGGGGCCUCGACACUUCGCCCUUAGCAAACCCACGAGGCCCUGGCUCCGAGCUUCAACCAAACGAACCAGCGCAACUUGGGGCACCCGCACAGCCCGAGCCCUUUGUACAUGGGACCCAGAUCCCCCCGGAAGGAGAACACCAAGGCUCCAGAGGUCGUUGCCAUUUCUAGAGAGACAAAAAUCAGCAGAAAGAGAUCUCUGUAAGUGGUGGGAUCUCAUAUCUGGCCGCCCUUGAUGCUGCA